AUGGAUCUUAAGAGCCCACGUUGCAUUGCCAUAUUGCUUUCUCAAUUCAAAGGGAACUACGUGCACCUCUCCACGCAGAAAUUUGGCAGCCAUGUGGUUGAGAGGUGCCUUGGGCAUUUUGAAGAGAGCCGGUUACAAAUUGUUCUCGAACUGGUCUCAGUGCCUCACUUUGAACAGCUGCUGCAAGAUCCAUUUGCAAACUAUGUCAUUCAAUGUGCUUUAGCAGUUACAAAGCGCUACCCUGGUGAGAAGUGCACAGCGGGCUCUUUGGAAGUCGAUGGCCUCCAUGAUUCUGAGAGCACAAACGGAAAGUUAUCUUCUAAUGGUUUAUGA